AUGCCUUAUGCCCCGCCUCUGAGCCUGGGCUACUACACCCCAUCACCCCCACUCUACCUUCCCCACCAUCCCCACGGCCCUUCACCACCCUCCCCCUUCAUGAGGCCUGCCGUCCCCCCUCCGAAGUUCCACUCUGGGGGCCACUCCAAGCUCCAGGCAUCUAGCGGCCCACUGCAGGGCUCCUCUGGUCGGGGAGAAGGACUGGGGUCCCUGGGUGGUGGAGGUCUUGGAGGGGUGAGGCUUCACAAGAGGAAACACAAGCACAAACACAAACAUAAGGAAGAGACCAACCUCCUCUCACCCCAUGACAGACAGGAGCUGGGCGGGCUCUUCAGCGGUGCCAAGACCAAUGGGCUGCUCAACCUGCUGACGGACAGACUCUCUGUGGACCAUGUCCAGUUCCGCCAACGCACACCUGGAGAGCCAGUGUGCAGCUUCGUGAGCAACUACAGCAGCCAAUCACUGCGGCCAGAUUUGACCUCUGACCUUUUCAGAUUGCGGGAGGAGAGGGAGGAGGGCAGUGGGCAUGGCAGAAGGAGGGGCUUAGCAGUGUUCGGAGAGGAAGGGGUGAUGUCGUUCCACAAUGCCAGGAAAGAGAAGAUCCAUGAAAGAGAAGAGUCCUUCCACAGUUCCAGCCCUACUCUAACAGGUGUUCCAGGUAAGAGGAGAUAUAAGCGUCAUGAGGUGGAACAGAUCCACGGUGAGGUCAGGAGGAUGUGUUCUCUCAACAAUCAGAGGAGCUUUGAGCAUGUGCAGAAGAUCCUGCGUGUGAAGCGUCUCCAGCGCCAGGCCAAGACCGGCAACAACGUUGUCAAAAGGCGACCUGGUCGCCCCCGGAAACACCCCAUUGAUAAAUUUGAACCCAACAAUUACGGGAGCGACAUAGGGAGGGGCUUCGGGAUGCCGGUGCUGGAGAGGUGUGUGGACCUACCGGGCAAGCGGAGCUUAAGACCAAGUCCCGCCCCCCAGCCUUUGGAGUUUUCCAAUCACGACUCAAUCUCAGUGGCUAUUGAGACGGUAGUUCACAGAGCACGUUCUCUGGCGCCCCCACCGACCAGAGGAGGGAAACGCAGGGGUAGACCCAGGAAGGAAGAGGGAGGGGAUAUGGCGUUUCAUUAGCUAAUUAGUCAGCAGGACAGUUGCAGAUACAGAUGAGCUCUGACCUAUCAGAGAGCUGGUGAGAGGAGCUAACACUGGCCUUAGCAGCCAAAACGGACAUCAAUUCUGGGACCUCUGUGCACUUUGACCUAUUGGCUUGUCUGUUUCUCUUCUAUGAUUGGAUGUAAGGAGUGUGUAAGGAGAGUAACAUUAGAAGAGCAACAGUGUUGCACUUCUGAAGACGGACAAUGACACUUACCAUACAUGUAUGUGAAACAAUGAUGCGUAUGGUACUUUAAUAUGAUACUGUAUGGUACUUUAUGGUACAAUAUCUGAUACUAUAUGGCACUAUUUGAUAAGGUACUGUAUGAUACUAUGGUACUAUACGGUAUGAAAUACAAUGGUACUUUAUGAUAGUCUUUAUCUGAAUGUGGCAUUAGCCACACCUUUACCAGCAGACGGGGGGUGGUGAUUGGUUAAUAUGAUAUUGUGCAGCUCUGCUUAGUUUUGCCCCCCCCCCUGCCGCAGAGAUACUAUAAAGGCAAUAUGCUGUACUGAGCCUCCCUGGCCUUUACAGCUAUGAUCUAACUGUACAUAGGAAAAUACUCCACUUUUAUCUGCCUUUUACCCCACAGAAUACAGUCCAUUUACAUGUACUGGCUCAUAUCAAACUGAAAUGUUGUACCAUAGUCCAUAAACGUUGGGAUUGUGGUUUUAUAACCAAAAAUAGACCUGGAUGUGACUCAGGACAUGUUUGUUUUCAGGCUGAAGGAACCACAUCUAUUCAUUCAUUUAUUCUGUGUAUAUAAGAAGGUCAUCACAUACAUGGGAAUAUCAGGGGUGUUUGCUGAAAACUUAAAGGUCAACUUUGGGCAAAAACACAAAGAUAACAGCUUUUAACUGUAUAACUGAUCAAUGCUCCAUCAUACCACGUCAUUUAAUGCAACAACAAAAAAUAUAUAGAUAAGAUAUUUGGCUAAAGAAGUGCCAUUUCCUACCGAUCUCUACAGCUUCUGUCCAAAAACAAAUCCUGUGAAAUGACUUCUACACAUGGAGGAGAUACUGGCUAGAUACAGUGGCUAGCUUAGCUAACAAACUAGCUACGCCGGUCGCAGCGUAAGAACAGAAUGACACGUCGAUGAUCCACCAAACCACCAACACCCCAUUUCUGUUUGAAAAUUGAGAAAGAGGCGGGGUUGGACCAUUUUUUUGUUCCCAAUGUCGACCUUUAAAGAUGGUUUUAAUUUGCUAUCUAAACAUACACUUUCAUUUAAUCAAAGUCAGCACUUACAUGCUUGUUCUAGCCUUACGAUUUGGCCUUGACUUCAUUGGUGGACAUCCAUUCAGAAACGUGCUUUAAACUUUAAACUAUUUGAAUAUGCAGGAUGCUCAGCCAAUGGCGUCAAACCUAAGCCCAAGCCCGAGAUUUGAUUGGACAGUAAAGAUGGAGGACUAAUGAUCAGUGUGUGGUACUCUGAUGGUUUCUAUCUGAGUAGUGGUAGGAAAACAAUAUGAGUAGUGGUAGAAAAACAACAAUUAAGUAUUGGAAUAGGGAACCAAAGCCUCAGAAUUAUAUGUGUUUCACAGACUUGUCAGACAGGUGUGGGGUUGUCAGUGUUCUCAUUCUGCAGCUAAACACACAGGACAUUAGAUGUUAGCUAGCUAGAAUGUUUUCAGUAUUUCAUAAAAUAGCAGUAGGUACGUAUUUCAUUGGGACCUAUGUCUAAUGUAAACUUGGGAAGCCUCUCCUCUCUCUGUGAGGGUCUCUCUGUGAGGGUCUCUCUGUGAGGGUCUUGUCGGCUCCAGCAGUUCUGCACGUGCCUUAUGUUUGUUUCUUAAACCAUCACAUCUCAUUCUGUGGGAAUUCAAAAUGGCAGAGAAGUCACUGAGAUUGAAACCACGUACUAAUGAUUGUGCAUUUUCGACACGUGUGUCUUAGCCACCACAACACGGGCACUACCUAUGUCCCUUUGCAGCCAUACGUACAACAGGCCUGAUUCCAUUUAAGGUUUCACGCCCCUUAUGCUCACCCCUGGCUCUUUGGAUUGAACAGAUAAAAGAGCUCUGUGAAGUGCUCUAUUAGAGAGAAACGUGGAUCCAUCACCAUGCAGUCUUUUCAUAUCUGAGCUGUGAGGAGCAGAGGUGGUAGGAGCCAGGGAAAGUGGACUUGAAUCUAAAUGGAACCAGGCCCCCCGGGCUGCGGGUGUGCAGGCUGUGCCAGUGGAGUUCUGGUGGGAACCAUGCUGUCUUACGUAGUUGUUUGCUAUGCAUCAGGUCUGGCCUGAGCUGUCUGAGGAGUCCACCCUUCCACAUAGACAAAUAAGUGUCUUAUUUACCCAAUAAAACAUGCAGUCAUGUAUCCAGAAGUGUGAAUAAUAUCAGUAAUAAUUUGUAAAGCGUUGUGCAGAAGGUGACUAUCAUUUCAUGUCAACUUUAGUGACUGCAGCUCCCUGCAGUGCUGCCUUAAUCAGAAGUCAAGCUCCAGUAGUGAAGUGUUUAUCUGUUGUAAAUAGUCUGUUCUGUUGUGUUCUGCCUGCAUGGAUACAAACUGGCCUCAGCUACAUAUGCUGGCAUAUCCCCUCAGACCAACCUAAGCCCAUCCUAGAACACAUCUUAGUCAACAUUAGACAUUAGAACCAGCAAUACCCCUUUAGUCAGUCUCUAUCCAUCAAUUAGAAAAGUCAUCAAACAGUCAUAGCAAGGUUAAGAUUCCAGGACCUGUGCCAGCCUAUGAUAAUGACUCUUGUUGCACUUCAGCCAAGACCAAGAACCCCCAUUGGCUAGCAGCUAUACUCCCCUCAGCCAAUGGGUGCCUAGUGCAGAAGUGCGUGUGUGUGUGUGUGUGUGUGUGUGUGCACAGAGGGCAUUACCAAACCACGUACUCAGACCACGUGCUCAGAGGGCAUUACCAAAUAUACACCUGUCCUUGUCAGUGUGUGUGUCAGUUCUAGGCCACUUAGAGAGAACAGAGACGGAACUGGAUCUCAUAACCAAACUACACCUUUCACAGCAGGCCUGGAUCUCUUUAACUGGGUCUAGGGUCUGGGUGUCUGAGUGUGGUCUAGUGGUAGUCUAGGUUUGGUAUAAGGGGUCUAGAUGUGGUAUAGUUGCGGUCUAAGGGGUCUAUAGACUUCAAGCUUGGCAGCUCAGUAUUCCAUGGCUGGUCUCUGAUGUUGGAGUUAAGCCACUGGGAUCUGUCUGUUUCUCUACCAGCCGAUGUUCCGGUGCCUUCUACAGCUGACUAGUAUUGUCCUGAUCCUCUGCUUAACUACACACAGAGACUGACCGCAUGGUUCAGUACAGUCAAGGUGGGUUUUACGGUCCCUGUUGUGUACUGGAUUCUGGAUUCACUCUGGUCCAACUGUGUGGCUGGUAUGACUAUAAGUAGAAGUUUCCCUUAACCACAGAUCCAGGAUCAGAUUACCCAACCUUAAAUCAUAACUUUCAUUAUGGGGAUGAAAGAACAUCUGGUCCUGGAUCAGUGGUUAGGGAAGAGUUCGAGCCCUCCACACCAGUCUGACUAGUCCAAUACAGCCACUGGAGCUGAAUCAUACUGUAUGCAUCUCAAAUCACUCCCUACACCCUAAGUAGUGUACUACUACAGAAGACUAUAUGGAAAAUAUGGAGUUAUGUGAGAAGCAGCCACAGUCUCUACUAAUAUGUGUAGUAAUUAACAUAUAUGUUAUGUUUCUACGCUAUAUUGUUGUUCAACGCUGAACAUGCAGAUGAAGGGUCGAUGAGGAAACCAAUAAAUGUACUUUGCAAGAGCACAAAGUGAGCUCUUAACUGUGUUGGCAUAUUUGAGUUUGUAUACAUAGUGUAACCUUUUUACUAGAGUGGGUUUUCUUUUAUCUGCAUGCUCCACUUGAUUGUAUUCAUCAAUAUUUUAGACGAGCGGAGAAGUUGACUUUCAGUUGCAUUUGGAGCGAGACUUGUACAUUGUUUCAUAUGUUUGUUUUUGUAAUGGAUUUUUAAUUCAUAAAGCAUUUUUGUACAUUGUAUGAAUAUAAAAAAAAAUGCAAAUAUUUGACAUAUAGACAUAAGUAAAUACUUAGAUGGGCAUGCAUAUGCAUAUAUCCUUCUUAGUAUGUAUGUGUAAAUGUACACAUAUUUUGUAUUUGCCUUCGCUCAUAUACAGAUAUGUCAUAUGCACAUAUACAUGCAAUAUAUAUGUAUAUCCAUGUCUGCUGGCAUGCUUCUGGUCAUGUUUAACUAUCAUGAUCUUGUAGUCUAUUUUUUUUAUUUCUUUUCUCUGAGGAAAAGCUUGUUCUUUUGCUACCGUCUUCCUGGCUGGCAGCAUUGGGCUUAUUAAGAUGAAAUACAGUUCAACUUGUUCAUGUUAUUCAUUGUGUGAAAUAAUAAAUGAAUUUAUUGAAAGCU